CGUCGAGUGGAUGUUGCUGGUAGAGUAAAGGCGUUUUCUGAGCGUGUAAGAUGAGAGUAAGGCAUGGGGAAGAGCCACAGUAAGGACAGGCGGGCGAGGAGGAGUUCUCAGAAGUCUUCCCAGGACGGUAUUGUUACGAUGAGCGGCAGUAAACAGCUGCCCCCAGCACACAGCGACGCUGUAACAUGUCUGGCACCCGUCACACCCGGGCUGUGUCUCACAGGCAGCAGUGAUAAGACAGUAGUUCUGUAUGACUGGACACAUGGUGCUGUCAAAAGAAGAUGGAGCGCACACACAAGGGAGGUUACAAAGGUAGCUUACAGUGCAGGGCUGGAUGCUGCAUUCAGUGCUUCACGAGACAAGACUGUCCUAAUGUGGAAACUUAGCAGCAUAGAGACAAACCCUAUCAGAGCCUUCAGGGGGCACACUAUGGUGGUUAUGGGACUCACAUUAAAUCCAGACAAUACUCAGGUGUGUACAGGGUCCAGAGACAACUCCCUCAGACUGUGGGAUGUGGAGACUGGUGCCUGUCUUAUGGAGAACUCUGUUCCAAGGAACUUGGUGACUGACAUUUGCUGGGUGCCAGGACAACAGACAGUGGUUCAGACAGGGGAAGAUAAAGUUCUGAAACUGUGGGAUGCCCGAGGUCUGUACGUGUCCUGUACCUUCCCUCAGAAACAGUACAUCCAGACCAGCUGUGACGUCAGCAGGGAUGGGAACUACUGCAUCACGACCAGCAACGGCUUCGGAGGACAGGGGUGUGAAGCCACGUUAUGGGAUGUGCGUGCAGUGAAAGCGGUGUGUGAGUACCGAGGUCACCGUGAGACAGCGUCAGCCUGUGCCUUCCUCCCUGCUGUCCUCAGUCAGCCGCUGGUCGCAACAGCUUCUCAUGACUGUACAGUCAGAAUAUGGGACCAGAAUACUCAAGACUGCCUUUGUGUCCAGACCCUCCCUGUCUCUGGACCUCUUACUUCACUAGCAGGGUUUGAAGAUGCCAGUCUUUGCUGCUCCAGCUUCAAUACAGGUGUUCACCUGUUUCACCUCGACGUUACACCUGAGCAGAAGGUCAACCUCAUCAGGAAAGCCCAGUUCUGAGAACGAUACAACAUUCCAAAAUGGAGGACCAAAUUGAAUAUAACUCGUACCUACAACACACUAGUGGUGGCUUCAAAUGGCUGAGUUGCUAGGUGGACACAAGAUUGAGAGGUCUCGGGUUCAAACCCUGGCAUUCCUGGCCAGACACUGUGUCCUAGGCAAGGGUACUUUACCCGACUUUCCUCACUCCACCCAGGUUUAAAAUGGUUCCUGACUUCAGUUGGGGAGGUAAAAAGUGAUGGAAGGAGAGGGAUGGGCCACCGCCAAUACCCUGCACUAGACACAGUGGAUUAACAUUACCCACUGUCACUAUGGUCUCAAAAUACUAUGGGACUAGCCUUACCUAAAUAUUACCAUUUACUUACUGUAACAGUACAAUGAUGUUGCAAUGAACUCGCCAAUCUCAAUCUUCUGCACAGCAGUACAGGACCAAAGA